CGCAGGUUAAUGAAGUGACGUGAUCCUGGAGGCAGACGGAGGCGAGAUUGUCGGAAUGGAUGUGAUGGUUUUGAAUUAAAGAACAUAAAUAAAUUAUGUUUGUGAUUAUGAUUGUUAAGCUUCCGCAAUAUUGAAAACUCCGUACUGUUUAUAUUAUGAAAAAUAUUAUUGUGAUAAAUAAAAGUGUUUGAAAUGUUUUAAAUUUUUACAAUUACCAAGUUAAUACUUUAAUCUGAAAGAGGCUGCAGACCUGGAUAGAUUAGGGUGUUAUAGUGGAGGUCUGAGGGCCCUCCGUACCAGUAGUCCAUUGAUUUUUCACCUCUUCCAUCUCUGGUCUCAGUCUUCGUCUCCCCCCCCACCCAAAAAAGAAAGAAAGAAAGAGAAAAAAACUCUGGUGUCUGUCUCUUUGACAUCGAUUGGACGAUUGCUGAAGGUGUAGGAGAAAGUUGAAUGCAUGGAUGCCAAUAGUUGGAGAGCGGCGCAACCUCUGGCUCAGCCUCAGGGUGGUGAAGCCGCAGGCAUAGCAGCCAGUGGGGCUGCACCUGCUUCCGGAUCCAUGGAGACCGGCGAUUGGCGGGCUCAACUGCCGCACGAUUCCAGGCAAAGGAUUGUCAGCAAGAUAAUGGAUACUUUAAAGAAGCACCUCCCAUUUUCUGGACAAGAGGGACUACAGGAACUUAAGAAAAUUGCAGUGAGAUUUGAGGAAAAAAUUUAUGCUGCUGCCAUAAACCAGGCAGAUUAUCUAAGGAAGAUAUCUUUAAAGAUGUUGUCGAUGGAGACAAAAUCAUCAAACCCUUUGGCUAAUCCUCCACAAGCUAAUGCUGCCAAUAUUAGUCUCGGGCUUGGACAGGUAGCCUGGCCCAUGUCCACCUCUAGUGUAGACCUUGGCUUUGGUACACUUAAAUGGACAUCUGUAGUCGAGCUGAAGGUGCAAUGCGUGACUCAAAAUUAAUUUGGACCAAAUAAAACUCAUAAAUUUUAAGUUAAUAUAGGCUUUAGUAUGUUGAUCAUACGAAGUAUUUCACUCAUACAAAGUUCGAUUGAAAUGAUUCAAAAUCAGUGAAAGCUAAGAGACCCGGUUAUGACAUUCAAUUUUUAUGUUUUCCUUAAGACUGAUAAAAAUUCUUUCCAAGU